CCAGAAUGUGUCAGUUGUUUGCCGUAGACUGGGGAGUACACAUUGUAAAAAUUAACUAGUAAAUUUAUUUUAAACUACUCACGACCAUAAUUUCGAUUUUUUUUUACAAUGGUGAAGUCCCUGAUGUCUCAGCGAGCCACUGAAUUGACUAGAUUGGCCUUUGGCCAAUGGAAGACAGCACAUCAGCCCCGCUGCUUGGUCCCUCAUAGAAAGUAUUCCGAUGGAGCCAAUCUGAAGGAGGUUUUGGCCAAACAAGUUCCACAAGAGCGAGAGAAGAUGAUGGGCCUAAAGUGUCUGCAUGGCGACAAGAAGCUCGGCGACAUUAAACUUUCUAAUGUGAUGGGUGGCAUGCGAGGAUUAAUGUUGCUUAUGUGCGACACAUCGUAUGUGGACCCCAAUAAGGGUAUAUUUUACCGGGGCAUGACGCUCAAGGACGUGGUCAAAGAUUUGCCACGCGUCCAGGAGGGCAGCAAGGAGGGAACACCAGAGGGAGCCUUUUGGCUGUUAACAACCGGUAAAAUGCCAAACAAAGGUCAAGCCGAAGGACUGACCAAAGAAUGGAACAAGCGGGGCAAUGUUCCGCGCUAUUGCCAGCGCCUUUUGGAUUCCAUGGAUCAACGAAUCCAUCCCAUGGCCCAGCUGUGUGCUGCCAGUUCCUGUUUGGACGCGGAAAGCAAAUUCGUUAAGGCCUACAGGAAGGGAGUCAAAAGAGCAAAGUAUUGGGAAUACAUUUAUGAGGACGCAAUGGAUCUGUGCGCCAUGAUGCCCCCAGUAGCUGCAAUCAUCUAUUGUAAUGCAUUUAAGGACGGUGCUGGAUCUCGAGAGUUAAAUCCAAAGGAGGAUUGGUCCGGAAACUUUUGUCGCAUGUGUGGCUACAAGGACAAGAACUUUAUUGACUUGAUGCGACUCUAUUUUGUCCUGCAUGCCGAUCACGAAAGUGGAAAUGUCUCGGCUCAUGCCACCCAGUUGGUGGGAUCAGCUUUAAGCAGUCCUUAUCUAUCAUUCUCGGCGGGCAUGGCUGGUUUGGCAGGACCUUUGCAUGGCCUGGCCAACCAGGAGGUAUUGAUCUGGUUGCAAGAAAUGAUCAAGGAAAUUGGCGAUGAUCCCAAAGACGAUGAGAUAAUUACUUAUGUGAAUGAGACUCUAAAAGGUGGAAAGGUGGUCCCCGGCUACGGGCAUGCAGUACUCCGUCAGACUGAUCCACGUUUCGAGUUGCAGAACGACUUUGCCAUGAAGAAUUGCAAGGAUGACAAGAAUGUGAAAUUGGUCACCCGACUGUGGAAACUGAUUCCCGAGAUAUUGAAGAAACUGGGCAAAGUGGCCAAUCCGUAUCCAAAUGUGGACGCCCAUUCCGGUGUCCUGUUGCAGCAUUAUGGCUUGAAGGAGAUGCAAUACUAUACAGUUCUCUUUGGUGUAUCUCGGGUCUUGGGCGUAAUGGCACAAACCAUAUGGGCCCGAGCCUUGGGCGCACCCAUCGAACGUCCCAAAUCCUUUACCUCUGAUUUUCUAUGCAAAUUCCUCCAGGAUAAGGGCGAUGACAAGAAAGCUGGAGGUGGCAAAAAAAAAUGAUAACCAGUAAUUUUCAUUUGCUGUGACUAGUUCAAGUUCGACGGGUCGUUUUUUAACGGCGAACAAUUCCUUAUUUUAUAAAUAAAUUAGAAAAAUUAUACAUGUUACAAGAAAAUUGUAAUAACGUUAAA